ACCACGCUUAUACUUACAGCUAUUACUCACUUCCUUAGCGGAGCUUUAAGAAAUUCCAUGUCUCUCUCUCUUCUUUUCUCUGUUCAAAUGUAGAAAUUAACCCCAAAAAGAGAAAAAGGAAAAACACUGAAUCAAGAAAAAAGCUUCAGUCAAUAUUGGAAUAAUUUUUUUAAAAAAUUGGAGUUUAGUUCAGCGACGGUUGUACGUGGAUUUGGUGCGAAUAAAAUUCCGAUGACAACGACUUUCAGUCCGGGUCGGAGCCCGGGGAGUUCGAGGCUUCAGUUAGGAGCAGCCAGUGGAGUGUCGAGGCUUAGAUCUUCGUCGCUUAAGAAGCCGCCGGAGCCUUUGCGUAGGGCAGUGGCGGAUUGUCUCUCGUCCUCGUCGUCUUCUUUUUUGUCGCCGGCGACGGUGGCUGGAGGAGUUAGCUCGUAUCAUCAUGGGAGUCCUUCUUUGGUUUUAUCUGAAGCUUCUAGGACGCUUCGGGACUAUCUGGCAGCACCCUCAACAACUGACCAGGCUUACAUUGUUAUCUUAGAGCAUACAAUUGCAGAGAGAGAACGCAGCCCAGCUGUAGUUGGAAGGUGUGUGGCUCUCCUGAAGCGAUACCUUUUACGAUAUAAGCCCAGCGAGGAGACAUUGCUGCAAAUAGAUCGGUUUUGUGUUAACAUCAUUGCUGAAUGUGACAAUAGCCCAAAUAGAAGAUUGUCACCAUGGUCACAAUCAUUAAAUCAACAAUCUGGUUCAUCGACAACAUCAACAUCAUCGGCAAGUGCUUCUCCUUCGUUGCCUGUAUCUAGUUUUGCUUCUGUGGCACUUGUAAAGUCAUUGAAUUAUGUGAGAUCCCUAGUGGCUCAAUAUAUUCCAAAGCGGUCAUUCCAGCCAGCAGCUUUUGCUGGAGCAACCUUGGCAUCAAGACAAUUGCUUCCUACGUUGUCAUCUUUGUUGAGUAGAUCCUUCAAUUCCCAGCUAUGCCCUGUGAAUGGUGGAGAAUCUUCAGAGAAGAAAGAUGCUUCAACUUUAUCUGUUUCAAACUUGUUAAACAUUGAGGAAGCUGAUGGAUUAGAGAAUCCUGAAUACAUUGCGAAUGAUGUUUUAAAAUGGCGCUGGCUUGGGGAUCAUCCGUCAUCAUUAUUAUUUUCUGAAAGCAGUGACCGAUCUGUGAAUGUUCAAGACAUGAGAAGACGUAAUUUCUUGGAAGUAGGAGCAGCUGCUCUACUUGUUGGAGACAUGGAAGCUAAAAUGAAGGGCCAGCCCUGGAAAUAUUUUGGCACUGCUGAUAUGCCUUAUCUUGAUCAACUGUUACAGCCCUCAUCAGUCACAACAAUUGCCAAGUCUGCCUCUGCUCGCUCCCACUUGAGAGCAAUAACAGCAUUGAAACGCAGUAAAGGAGGACCUCGCAAAAUUUGGGAUGAUUCCCCAGCGAGCACAUUCUGCCCACGUGCCCGGCCACUUUUCCAGUAUCGUCACUACAGUGAACAACAGCCAUUGCGAUUAAAUCCUGCUGAGGUAUGCGAGGUUAUUGCUGCUGUCUGCUCUGAGACAUCUUCGACAAAUACCAAUACCAUGACAGUAUCAUCUAGAUUAAGUAAUAACAGUGGAAAGCCGUCCAUGGAUGUGGCUGUGAGCGUCCUUAUUAAGCUGGUUAUUGACAUGUAUGUCUUGGAUUCUGGAACUGCUGCUCCUCUCACUCUGUCUAUGCUUGAGGAGAUGCUUAGUUCCCCAAGAACAGCUUGUAGGGUGCGUGCUUUUGAUUUAAUUCUAAACCUUGCUGUCCAUGCUCACUUGUUGGAGCCCAUGAUAAUUGAUGAUAAUUCUGCAAUUGAAGAAGAAUAUUCUCAAGAAUUACUUUUAAAUAGUGAAGAUCAGCUUACCACAGGGAUAAGGAAAAUAGAUUCUGCCAAGAAGUUGGGCACAUCCUCAGCCAUUGAUAAAUUUGAGUCUUGGAUUUUAAACAUUUUAUAUGAGAUACUUCUUCUUCUUGUUCAGACUGAAGAGAAGGAAGAGUCUGUCUGGGCUUCUGCCCUAAGCUGUUUACUAUAUUUUGUUUGUGAUAGAGGCAAAAUCUGGAGAAACCGAUUAAAAGGACUUGACAUUAGGGUUGUCAAGGCACUAAUAGAGACUAGCCGGGUAAAUUCCUGGGCUGAACUUGUUCAUUGCAAGCUUCUUUGUAUCCUAACAAACAUGUUUUAUCAAGUACCCAAUGAAUCUACUCCAGCUGCCAUGAGCACAGCAAGCUUUCUUGUUGACCAGGUUGACCUGAUUGGAGGAAUUGAUUUUAUCUUCAUUGAGUAUUCAUUGUCAACCUCAAGGGAAGAAAGAAAACAUCUAUAUUUGGUGCUUUUUGACUAUGUUUUGCAUCAAAUAAAUGAAGCAUGCAUAUCAAUGGGAGUUUCUGAGUAUACUGAUGAUGAGAUUCAACCUCUUGCUACACUGCUUGCUUUGGCUGAUGCACCUGAAGCUUUUUAUAUCUCUGUUAAGCUGGGGGUGGAAGGCAUUGGGGAACUUUUGAGAAGAUCAAUUUCUGCUGCAUUGUCUAGAUACCCUAACAGUGAGCGAUUAAACACGCUGUUGCAAAAUAUUACAGAGAAAUUGGAUACAAUAAUAAGUUCAUUUACUCAUUUGGACAAAGAGUUCUUGCAACUGAAACAGAUAACAAAAUCCUACAAGUUCAUGGAUAGUAUUGAGGAUUCAUCCCUGCGAAAUGGUGUUGGAACGAAAGCAAAGCUUGCUUGGGCCAUUUUACAUUCUCUUCUUCAUUCGGAUAGAAUCUCUUACCACCACAAUGGAUAUAUCUGGUUAGGAGAUCUGCUUAUUACUGAAAUAAGUGAGUCAAGGGAUGGGAGUAUAUGGUCUAAUGUCAAGAGCUUGCAGAAUAAAAUUACUUAUGCUGGUGUUCAUGAUUCCUCUGUUCCUUCCGACGUACCUUUGUCUAUUUGGCUGAUGUGUGGCCUUUUGAAGUCAAAGAACAACAUUAUUAGAUGGGGCUUCCUAGUUAUUCUGGAGAGGCUUCUCAUGCGGUGCAAAUUUUUGUUAGACGAGAGUGAAAUGCAACAGUCAAGCAACAGUGAUGUUGGACCUGAUCAUAGAGAUUCACGACUCGAGAAAGCAAAUGCAGUGAUAGACAUCAUGAGCAGUGCUUUGUCCUUGGUAGCUCAAAUAAAUGAAACAGACCGCAUGAAUAUUUUAAAGAUGUGUGACAUUCUAUUCUCUCAACUGUGCUUGAAAGUUCCCCCCUCAACUGUGAUGCCAUUUGGAGAAGGAAUACAGCAGACUAAAGUUUUCACUCGCUCAGAUGAAAUUAGAAAAACUAAUACUGCUGAGCGUAUAUCUCCACAAGCAAGCUGUCGCUGGGAUGAAUUAAUGGAGGAAACUGAUAGCAAAUCAGGCUACAGUGUUAGUUGUCCUCCGAUACGUGAGACAGCUUCUAUGGCUGCCCUACUACUCCGAGGACAAGCCAUUGUGCCAAUGCAAUUAGUUGCCCGUGUUCCAGCUGCUCUGUUUUAUUGGCCAUUGAUUCAACUUGCAGGUGCAGCAGCUGACAACAUUGCACUAGGGGUUGCUGUUGGAAGCAAAGGAAGAGGGAACCUUCCUGGUGCUACUUCUGAUAUUCGCGCAACCCUUCUUUUGCUUCUAAUUGGUAAAUGUACUGCAGAUCCUACAGCCUUUCAGGAAGUUGGUGGAGAAGAAUUUUUUAGGGAACUUUUGGAUGAUACUGAUUCUCGGGUGGCAUAUUACUCUUCAGCUUUUCUAUUGAAGAGAAUGAUGACUGAAAAACCAGAAAAGUAUCAACACAUGCUACAAAAGCUUGUCUUCAAAGCUCAACAGAGUAACAACGAAAAGCUGCUUGAGAAUCCAUAUCUUCAGAUGCGUGGGAUAUUUCAGCUGUCAAAUGAUCUUUGAGCUUGGUUGUAUUUGAUGAUUCUUCUCCACAAAGUUUAAUUUACCUUCUGGCUGGAGGCACUGCAGUGAUCAUUAACAUGACUUCUUUUGCUCAUAAGUUUUCAACCCUGGCAACAUUUGGCCUGAGUUUGGGAGACCAUCUUGAUGUAUGCUUGAUAUUGUGAGCCUUCAUAAGAUAGUCUGGAAUCCUAAAAGUAGUUCAGAGCAGCUAAAUUAUUGAAUUUAGGCCAAGAGUGUGAGUUCCAAGCCUGGCUCCCUUCCAAUCUAGAAAGAAUUAAAAUAUUGAGCUAUAUGACAUUGGAUGACAGUGUAAAUUCUUUGCUUGCUGCUAUAUAUGUUUCCAGAUCUGCAGUGGAGAAAUAGAGAAGGUGAGACUUUCAAUGAAUGCCAGGAAUAAAAUGGAAUGACUGGAGUAUUGAUUCUUCUGCCUUUUGUUCUGCUGCUGGAAUAUGUAUAUCAUGGCAGUGAACAUCUCUUCAGAUUCUUGUGCUGGACACACCAAAGAAUUUCCGGGCUACUACAGGAGACUCUUUUCUUUGUACAGAACUAGAUUUUCCCGUAUCUUUCCAAACUUUUUUUAGCAAUUCAUGAGCGCGAGUCAAUGUUGGCUACUUUUUAAAGGCCAUCCAUAGUAGUAAUAAAAAAAACCUCAAAGUUUUAACUCAUAGAGGUUCAUUACCUUGAUCGCGAUUAGAACAAAGGAUCCUUUAUUUUCAAUAGCUAGAGCCUUCGAGGCUCUUCAAUUUCCAUUAAUAGGGGUAUCAGUUAUCACCUUGGGUGUCUGUUUUUAAGGGGCAUAUCCAAGGUGUACCUGAUAGUGUUCAUUUACAUUAUUUUGACAGUGUAAAUAUUGUGAAUUUGACUCUUAUUUUUGGCCUGCCUCUGACUAAUUGCAACUGUUGUAAUAUGGCUGCUGAGAAUUUUGCUUCAUGUAUAAGUUUUGGCUGUUUGAUUUUUGAGUAAAAGAAAUUUUGGCUUAGCUUCUCAGACUUGUAUAUCUUUUUCAACUUAGCUUCAUACUCUCUUUGUGUAAGAUUUCUUCUUAAUAAAGAAAGGAAUUUUGUCUGCCAUC